UUUCUUCCGAUUAAACUUAUUUCAAAAUCCAAGCAAAAAUAUCCACAGCAUAUUACUAGAUAUAAUCGAUGCCGACAAAUUUAUUAACCAGAGGUUUAAAGCCCACAUUUGUUGGUCGCCUGCAUAAACCUGGGCAUCGUACAGUACACGUAGGCUCCCAUUAAUUUGGAGAAAGAGCUGAGCGAACGAUCUGCAGGUGGGGGAUUUGCAUGACUGACUCCGCCGCGCUAGAGUAUGAUGAACACAAGCGACUUGCUUUUGGAGUGAGUGAUUCAAUUUAAUGUAUUUUAAAGAGAUCGACGAACAAUCCGAGGUUCAGGCGACGACCGGCUAAAUCGGUCUAUAUAGUAGGUGACCAGAUUGUCUUGCUUGUAAUCUGCAGAUGUCUAUGACACGUCUUGACUGUAACGUUUUCCUGCGCCAACUUACUGGAACUGCAACUAAAACGUGGCGAACUAGGGUUUUGAAGCUGUGUAGCAAAGAACGAGUGAUUCAAGUGAGCUUUUGUUGAAUUUGUAGCUGUUUAUGGUAUCAGAUCUUACUUUGUCUCCUCGCGGCCAUCAAAUCAACGCGCGAAUCUUCGAAUUUGAGGCUGAAAUUAAAAAAUGCUGAGGUUUUUCUCGUGAGCUUCAAAUUCCUUGACAAUAAGCGGAAAAAUCUGAAUUCAAAGGCUCGCGGCUGGGGUCGAAGAGGGAGCAAACGGGGUUUGAUUCUGUUUUUGUGUCUGCAAAUGUCAUUGCAAGGCAGGAAAGAAACAAGUAAGCAAGCUUUUGAAUGCUUUGAAAAGGGGCCGAGAUAUUUGAGUUUGAAUGCUUAAAGUUUGUAUAAUUGAAACUCUGAGAAGAAGAAACGAGCUCUGUUUCAGUUACUCUGCCUUUGCGAUCCUCAAAGCAAGCAAGGUUCAAAUUAUUUAGAAGUAGGUUGAGAUAUUUGAAUUCAGAGACUUAAGGUUACAGAAUUAAAAAGCGGAAGGCACGUUCUGGUUUUUUUAUUUACCGUGAAAUUUGAAUUAUUUGCCUUUGCAACUUUCAAAUUUAAAAAUGGCGCAGGCAAUUCGGGGUUUGGUUUCUGUUCCUUGCAAUCCACAGAGACUGUCGACAGCAGCAUUCCAAUCGUAUUUCAGGCCUAGUAAACCUUUUCUUUUGGGGGCGAAGCAAAAACGGCAGUGGAACAGGGUUUCUGUUGUGUCUGAGACGGAUAAUUCUCCAGUAGUUGUUAAUCCCUCCGAAUUUGCUGCAAGCAUCGGAGAGUCUGUAGCAAGCAAUGGACUUUCCGUCUCUGUUCAAGUUCCGAGUGCGGAGUCUGGUUUAAUCGAGGUGGAUACAGUAAGCGAAACCGAAAUGAAGGAAUUCGGGUUCCGUAGUACCAGGAGAACUAAGCUUGUGUGUACCAUUGGUCCUGCUUGUUGCGAAUUUGAGCAACUCCAAGCCCUUGCUGCGGGUGGAAUGAAUGUUUGCAGGCUUAAUAUGUGCCACGGUACCAGGGAUUGGCACCGCAAUGUGAUUAGGCAUGUGAGGAAAAUGAAUGAGGAGAAGGGCUAUGCAGUGGCCAUUUUGAUGGAUACUGAGGGGAGUGAGAUUCAUAUGGGCGAUCUUGGAGGUGCUCCUUCAGUUAAAGCCGAGGAUGGAGAAGUUUGGACAUUCACUGUGCGUCCUUUUACUUGGCCUAUGCCAGACCACACUAUUCAAGUCAAUUAUGAUGGCUUUGCAGAGGAUGUUGAAAUUGGGGAUGAACUGCUUGUGGAUGGUGGCAUGGUGAGGUUUGAGGUGAUUGAAAAAUUUGGACCAGAUGUGAAGUGCUGCUGUACUGAUCCUGGGUUGCUGUUACCACGUGCCAAUCUAACAUUUAGAAGGCAGGGUAGAUUGGUGCGGGAGAGGAAUGCCAUGCUGCCCACAAUAUCUUCCAAGGAUUGGCUUGAUAUAGAUUUUGGAAUUUCCGAAGGUGUGGAUUUUAUUGCAAUUUCUUUUGUCAAAUCCGCUGAAGUGAUCCAACAUUUGAAAAGCUAUAUAGCUGCUCGAUCUCGUGAUGGUGAUAUUGGUGUCAUUGCUAAAAUUGAAAGUGUCGACUCUCUGAAGUGUCUUGAUGAGAUUAUUCGCUCUUCAGAUGGUGCCAUGGUUGCAAGAGGGGAUCUUGGUGCACAGAUUCCUCUUGAACAGGUUCCCUCUGUCCAGAAGCAAAUAGUUCAGUUAUGUAGACAGUUGAACAAGACAGUUAUUGUUGCAUCACAGCUACUUGAGUCAAUGAUAGAAUAUCCUACACCAACUAGAGCCGAGGUUGCUGAUGUGUCGGAAGCAGUAAAACAGCGUGCAGAUGCUUUAAUGCUUUCUGGUGAAUCAGCUAUGGGUCAAUAUCCAGAGAAAGCUUUGGCUGUUUUAAGAAGUGCGAGCCUCCGUUUUGAACGAUGGUGGCGUGAAGAAAAGAAAUAUGAAUCAAUGAACCUUCCAGAUAUUGCAUCAUCCUUUAAAGAUGGUGUCUCUGAGGAGAUAUGUAAUUCUGCUGCUAAAUUGGCAAACAAGCUGGAAGUGGAUGCCAUUUUUGUAUACACGAAAACAGGACAUAUGGCAACCCUUUUAUCACGAUGUCGUCCAGAUUGUCCAAUUUUCGCCUUCACUAGUUCAACUACUAUAAGGCGGCGGUUGAACCUUCAGUGGGGGCUUAUUCCCUUUAGACUGAAUUUUUCAGAGGAAAUGGAGAGCAACCUAAACCGUACCUUUGCCUUGCUUAAAGCUAGAGGUAUGAUUAAACCAGGGGACCUGGUGAUUGCUGUUUCAGAUAUGAUGCAGUCCAUUCAGGUCAUGAAUGUUCCACAGUAAGGCUGCUUUAUUCUCUGUCCACUUGUUGCUUCUUCCUGGGACUCAUGUUGCUAAUUAAGGAGGGAGCAUUUUGUAGCCGAGGAAAAUUUAGUUUACUGGCUUCAGGGUAGUUUGUAAUAGUUAUUCUGAAUAGAAGUAAAAUGUGAGAGACAUUGAUAUGUUUAAAUGGGCGUGAGCUGCUGCAUUUAUUCAUUCUGUUCGGAAGAACAAUACAUAUGUUUUUUGGUAGAGCUUUUGUUUGCAUCAUAAUAACAAAGAGUUCAGAUCCUUGCAUGUACAGUAUCUAGUAUGACUAGGCAAGUUUACAAUAUGCAUAAAAUCCCAAAGAUUGAUUGAUUGAGUCUGAUCUUAAAAUCAUAAACAGAAUGAGAAUACUUUGCAGAGUGGUUAAACUGCCAGCGUGCAUGGACUCCACUCAAAUUGAAAAUUGCAAAAUAAUAUUUUGAAUGAUUUGUGAACGUA